AUGUUGCUAAUGGAUUCGGCCACAUCUGCGAUAACCUCACCACUUGAAGUGUCGAAAGAGUAUCAGCGCUCCUUAGAUGAACAUCGAACGAUUUCUUCUACCAGAGGCCGACAAUCUGGCAAACGCUUUACACCCUACUGGGCUGCUCAAAUUGAUGGCGGUGAAGAAGCUGCAAAAGAUCUAGCCAGUAAAUAUGGAUUCAUUUACCUUGGUGAGGUUCGGUGGGUGGAACAGCAAGUCGCGAAGGUUCGUGUGAAACGCGAUAUUUACCAGCCGCCUCCAAACGACCCAAGUUGGCCCCGAAUGUGGUACCUAAAUCGAGGUGGACCCGGAGGUAUAGAUAUGAAUGUCCGGUCGGUCUGGGCAAGGGGCUACGCGGGCCAGGGCGUCGUGGUUACCAUCCUCGACGACGGACUGGAGACAGACCAUCCCGAUCUCAAGCCGAACUAUGACAGGUACGCCUCCUUCGACGUCAACAGCAACGACGAAAAUCCCGAUCCUCGUUACGUGGAACGAGACUUCCGCAAUAUAAAUCGACACGGAACUCGGUGCGCGGGAGAGGUUGCGGCAGCAGCGAACAACAGUAUUUGCGGUCUGGGGAUCGCCUACAAGGCUCGCAUCGGCGGUGUCCGGAUGCUCGAUGGAGAUGUUACAGACGCCAUGGAGUCGCGCUCCCUGGGACACAAUCUCCAGCACAUAGACGUCUACUCGGCCAGCUGGGGACCGGAAGACGACGGAAGGACAGUAGAUGGACCUGGAAAACUCGCUAGGAUGGCCUUCCGCAAUGGCAUCCUCAAGGGUCGUGGGGGCCUUGGCUCAAUCUUUGUUUGGGCAAGUGGAAACGGUGGCAAGUACGACGACAACUGCAACUGCGAUGGUUACACCAACAGCAUCUACACCUUGGGAGUGAGCUCAGCUUCUGAACAUGGUACCAUUCCUUGGUACGCGGAGACCUGUUCGUCUACACUCGCCGUCACCUACAGCAGCGGGGGACAAGGGGAGAAGGGAGUGAGGGUGCGGACUCGUGGAAAUCAAAAGCAGGUUGACCCCAGUGAAGUUCGCCUUAAAGCAGAAGUCACCACGGAUCUGAACCACACCUGCACCGACAGCCACUCGGGGACAUCGGCUAGUGCCCCUCUAGCCGCGGGCAUUUGCGCCCUCACGCUGUCAGCAAACCCUCGCCUCACUUGGCGCGACCUCCAGUACAUCGUCAUCUACUCCGCCCGUCCUGACGGUCUCUACACCAACGACUGGCGUGUAAAUGGCGUCGGCCGACGUGUUUCGCAUGCUUUCGGUUAUGGGCUAAUGGACGCCGCUGCGAUGGUGGACUUGGCCCUCAACUGGACAACCGUGCCGACCCAGAGGAUCUGCGAGAUACACGCCCCUCUGCCUCGCAGUCCCCUGAAGAUGCGCCAUCACGCGUCCGAGCGACUCCAACUGGAAACUGAUGGCUGUCUCUCCAAUGAGGCCGGGGACCCUUCGCAGGCAGUCGUCUACCUGGAACAUGUUCAGGCCAAAGUCACCUUGACGAGCGAUUGUCGUGGCGAGGUGGAACUCUGGCUAACGUCUCCGAUGGGCACUGUUAGCAAGUUGUUGAGCAAACGACCCUUCGACCUGGAUGUCGCAGGCUUCCAUGCGUGGCCAUUCAUGUCCGUCCACUUCUGGGGCGAAAUGGCCAACGGCACGUGGACCCUCACAGUCCACUCUGGGAAUGCUGUCGUAAUGCUGCGUCCUGAUAUUUCUCCCAUUGACUCACACAUCCUAGACUUCACUCGAAACCGUAGGCGGGACUACCGUUUAUCUCUAAUCAGCAAACCACCCUUCCACCCUUCGAGCCGGCAGCAACUUCAGCCAAGAGAGUAUCGAGAGAGAGAGCUUCACCCCCUUUCUUCCAUGCUCGAUGAGCAACUCGUUGGCGGUUCUGCGUCUCUGCCUCAAGCACCGAUUCCCUUCAUCCCCAAAGAAUCUCCAAGCUUCUCGCCAGCAGGUUACGCAGUGGAAUACGAAGAUAAGCCGCCUCCUCCUCCACCAGUUCCUCCGCCUUUCGGCUCAGACUUUCUCGAUCCUUGGAGUGACAGCGAGGAGGUUAGUGGUGGCUUCCAGCUCAAACCGAAGUGGUACAUCAACCAUAAUCUUUUACAAGCGCUCUACGCUGUGCCCCCUAAACGCGCCAAUGGUGUCUCUUCGGCUUCUGCAGGACACUCACCAUACCACGGUGGGGGUCCCGCUUACCCAGGGGGCUACGGCCUAGAGCGAUUGAAUUCCCCACGAAAGUCGCCAAGUCAGAUCCAGCCAUCUCCACCGGCGGCUCUCUGGCAACAUUACCCCAACCCCACCUCCAGCUUCCAUCGACCGCGCUUAAGGAGGUGCAUUCGCACAGACCUCUAUUCCAGUAACUUUCCAUGCUACCUCGUUUAG